GCUUUUGAAUGUUCUCUUCUCAUAAGCCCGUACCCAUCAAAGGCAUGGGGCUGCUACGACACUGAAACCUGUCGUAGGGAAUCCGCUGCCCCAGUGUCAGCGGGCGCCGGCUUGAACUUUGUGACAACAGCCCGGCCAUUUGUCAAUGAUAUUGGAAGCAGGUGAGGUUGCUCUUUGUCUAAAGUAGGUAUCUAGCGCUUCUGCGACUCCAGCAAUCCGAGUCAUGGGGCGCCCAAAGAAGCGGAAGCAAAGCAUUCUGGAAGAUGAUGGGGAGGCGGGGGAGAUUGACACGUUGACUGUCAAUGAGGAAUAUGCCCGGCGCUUCAAGCACAACAAGGAGCGGGAUGAUCUGCACCGGCUGAAAGAGCUCCAAAAGGCGGGGCUUGCUGGGGAAGAGGAUUCGGACUCAGACGACGAGUCAGAAGACGAGGAUGGCCUCCUGCCAGAAGAAACGGAGGCGCAAAUUUUUGAAACUCUGUCCAGGAUCCGGCAGAAGGACCCGUCUAUCUAUCAGAGCGAUGUGGCGUUCUUUAAGGAGGGUGGUGGGGCCGGGGGAGGAACGCAGAAGACUGGAGACAAGAAGCAGAAGGCAGUGUAUCUGAAGGACGUAGUGGCACAGCAGCUGCUGGAAGGGGGGGGCGAUGAGGAGGAUGACGAUAAGAGGGUGGGGCUGAAGCGCAAGGGGAAGACGUAUGUCGAGGAGCAGGAGGAGCUGAAGAAUGAGUUUCUUAGGGGGGUGGGGGGUGCAGAGAGCGACGAUGAGGAAGAGGACGAUCUGCUCAGGGUGCGAAAGGGGCCGUCGGACGCCGCGACGUCAACACUCGCAGGCGCUCCGGCCCCGAAAGACAACGAAGUCAUGGCUCGGCUCGAGGCGUACUUUGGCAAGGAUGACGCGCUCGACGAGGGGGAGCGCUUUCUGAAGGAUUACUUGGCAAAUAGAAAGUGGGUCGAUAAGGACGCGGACCGGGUGCCGACUUAUGGGGAGAUUGUGGAUGACCACCCGGACGUGAGCGAGGACGAGGAGGAGGUUGAGCGCCAAGAAGAGUUUGAGAAGCAGUAUAACUUUAGGUUCGAGGAACCGGGGGCCGCGCACGUGGUGGGCCAUGCGCGCUCUGUGGAGGGGUCGGUGCGCAGGCCGGAUGAUGCCAGGAAACGAGCCCGACAGCAGCGGGAGGAGCGCGCGGUGGCGGAGGCGGCGGCGCGCAAGGAAGAGCUCAAGCGGUUGAAGAACAUCAAGAAGAAAGAGCUGCAGGAGAAGCUGGAGCGCAUCAAGGAGAUGGCGGGCAGCCUGGACGGCGCCAAGCUGCAGCAGCUGGUGGACCUGGACGACGACUUUGACCCGGCCGCUUAUGAUAAGCAGAUGCGGGAGAUGUUUGGGGAGGAGUACUACGAGGGCGGGGAGGACGACGAGGAGCUUCUAGGUAUAGACGAAGACGGGGACUGGGCCCCGCCAGAGGGCGACGAAGACGAAACCGCAAAUUUACCCGCUGCCGUGGGGCCAAGUAAAGCCGUCGGUUUCAAGGCGGCCAGGAUGCGGUUAGGGGGCAGCGAAAACGACGUCCAGAGAAAGGAUUCAGACGACGAGAGUGCGGAUGAUUCAGAAGAGGAGGGGGCGGACGAAGAUGGGGGGGAGGAAGACAGUGACGAGGAAGGGGGGGGAAACGAGGGUGAGGACGAAGGGGGGAAAGAGGAAGAGGAGGAGGAGGGGGGGGAAGAGGAAGACGAGGAGCGGCAGCGCGCGUACCGAGUGCUCCAGGAGGACAAGCAGGCGUUUGAGAAGAAGCUGGAGGAGUACUAUAAGCUGGACUACGAGGACGUGGUGGGGGACCUGCCGACGCGCUUCAAGUAUGCACAGGUCAAGUCCAACACGUUCGGGCUGCAGACGGACGACAUCCUGGCGAUGGAUGACAAGGAGCUGAACGCGCUAGUGUCGCUGAAAAACAUCGCGCCGUACCGGCCGGACGAGUGGCGGCUGCCCAAGUGGGCUAAGGCCAAACUGCGGCUGAGCCGCAAGGAGCGCAAGAAGAAGGCGCUGGAGCACCACGGGGCGGUUACCAAGCGGGUUAAGAAGGCGACGGACGGGGUUAAGGAGGGGGGUAGGAAGGAGAAGAAGGGGGUUAGGGAAGGGGAAGAAAACCACGGGGUUAAGGAGGGGGGUGAGAGAAAGAAGAAAGGGGUUAAGGAGAUGGUUAGGAGUGAGGAUGGACGGAAGGCGGAGGGACGACGGGAGGAGACGAACGGAAAGGAAGAGAAGAAGAAGCGGAAGCGCGAGAAAGAGGAGAGCGCUGACGGGGUUGAAGAGAAGCAGGAAGCGCAAGGGGAGGCGAGCGGCGAUGCGGAGGGGAAGAAGAAGCGCAAGCGAAGGAAGAAGAAGGGCGGAGCUGCUGCGCUUGGAUUGUCGGAGUCGCGGCUCCAGUCGUACGGUCAGCUGACAGUUCCUGGCAAGAAGGCGCACUGAUAGCGUCUUACUCUGCUCGAAGUGGACUCCAGGGCGAGCUUGGCCUGCUGUCGGCGGCAUGCAGACCCCAUCGAAAAAGGCCCUUCGCUUGUGCAAGUCUAGGCUUUGCAGCCGUCCUGAACGUGAAGUGACCGUAAGGCAGCAGUCUGGACACGAGCGAAGGGCCGCCAUACGAAGCCCUAAAACCCUUCGUAUGGCGGCCCAAGGAUGCUUAUUAAGUUUGCG